AUGGACCCUCUCUCAAUCGCUACUGGAUGCGCCAGUCUCAUAACGACCAUCGGAAGCUUAUCCUUAUCCAUCACUUCAUUUGUCCGAGGCUGUAGAGAAGCCCGCACGGAUUUAGACCGCGUAUCGCGCGAGCUACAUUCCCUCCAAACGGCGCUUGAGCUGAUCCAAGAGGACGCGAAAGAUGACACAAAGCCGUUUCCCGACAUAAUUCAACGCCACGUCUCUGACAUCGUGACAAACUGCAAUUCGGUUGUUGUCGAAAUCCAGACGUGUAUUACGAAAUAUGGCGACGGAAAGGCCAGAAGCAAGGCCGCGUGGGCGCUCAAUGGGCAAGGUGACAUGCAGAAAUUGAGAUCCAGCCUAGAAGCUCAUAAGUCGGCGCUGGAACUGGCACUCGAUAUGCUCACUUUAUCUGCUACCAAAGACAUCAAGGCAGAUACUACAGAAAUCCGCAAUAAUACAGCUACUAUCAAAGACGAUACGACUCAGAUUCUUGAAGAAAUUGCGCGGCUGCAAGAACGACUACCUGCAACAGCCGCUGCAUCCAAUGAUUAUAUCUUGCAAAGGUUUCUUGAGGAUAUGGCAGCCUACACAGAAUCGACGCUCGAUGUCGAUGGGGGUUUCAGUGACCGCGCAAGCUCAAAGGCACUUUCAUUUAUCGAUGAGGGAGAGGAGAGUUCGCACGCCCGAAUUCAGUCUGACCUUUCUAUCUCGAAGUCCGAGACGGAGCAGCCAGUCGAGGUCAGCCAAGUUUCCAACCGAUUAUCCACACAUGUGGAAGCCAUAUCCAUAAAUUCAGAUCCUCUUAGUCUUCCUUAUGACUUCCUCCCAAAACAGCCAGUCUGGAAACGGCUGCCGGAACCUCAGGGGGAUGAUAAAAAGGCUAGACAAGCAUCGGGUGUGGAAACCUUAUCCUGCCCCGAUGUCACCGUUGAGAAUUUGCAGCUCGAUUCGAAACCAAGUCCGGAGCUUCAAAAGAUACGAAGAGAGUCUUUGCUUCCUACGACGCCAACAUCCCUCAAUCAUAAUCAUGAAAUUGAAGAAAACCAAGGUCUGGGAAACAGCAAUUCAAGCAGCGAUAACAAUUCUGCCAACUCGCCCAACCUACUUCGUGAACAGCCUGAAGAAGACCGACCAACAGUUCAAAUCAAAGAUCUCACACCAGAGGAAGUGUAUAUGAUCGCGUACGGUAUCCGCACGUCUUUCGACAACUACGUUCUCAAACUACCUGUCCCAGAAGCGAUGCUGAAAGCUGUACCCCGUACCGACCAUGAUGAAUACACUGAGACAAGAUUUACCUUUGUCACAUGCUCGCCGUACUUCAUGGCUGGCAACAGGUACUGCCUAAGGCCCACAUUCUAUACUUCAAAACCAGUAACAAAGUUUAUCCUAGCUCUGGAAAUGAGUUUUGCUGUUAGUAUGCAUAUCAAACAGACAUGGAAGCUCAUACAUGAUGCAAUCGCCUAUGCCGAAAGAAAGAUUGGACCGGAUACGUGGAGACAAUUCCGUGUACACAUUCACUCUAGACGUUAUACAACCAAGAAUGAGUUGGACUUUCUGGAGAAAAUUGGGGCAAUCCAGGAUUUCAGCAUUCCUCCUAACCCAGUAGUAACGAAACAGGGAAUGGACGCCGCGCUAACGCAAGAUACAAUGGAGGUUGGGGGUAGAAAGGUCCAAGGCACUAUGCAGGAGUAUACAGUACAGCUUCGUGCGGAUACGGAUCGCACUCGUCGAUCGAGAUCGGAUAUCAUCCCGGCAGACGUUCCAAUUCAAACAGUAGUGACACGACACGCAGGUAGAAACGACAACUAUGAUCACUUUAGUCAUUGGACCAAAGCGAUUCAAAGGAUAUUGGAUGCCACCUGUAUCAUAGAUAUGGGCUAUGUUAACGACCACAACUAUGAGGAUUAUAAAUUCCUUUAUAGGGCUUGGAUCGCAACGAAACCUUUUAAGGUAUCGAAAAAGGAUGCUGUCGAGCUUGUCAGGUUUGAUGAUCUGAUUAAGCAAACCAGAACACUUAAAGAGAGGCUGUUGGGAUAA